GUUUUCCAUGCAUAAGAAGUAGAAUUAUUGACAAGAGAGAGGAAUAAGAAAUACAUUAGUAACAUUUGUGGUUUUCCCAUGACUUAGGACAAACAAUUAAUUCCUGUUUUGUUAAGCUCUGCUAGAAGUUGACUUCAAGUGUGGUUUCAUGGAACAGUCAGCUCACUUCUGUGUCAGCUCACUUGUGUGGUCUCUUACAUGACUUAGAUAUUUAUGAACAGAAAUUUAAAAAGGAGGUGACCCAAGUAUCUGUAAAUGACACUGAUCCCAUCUGCUGCUUUUUAUUGUACUGUUAAACACUGUAUUUAAAAAGUUCAUUUUACAGGAAUUUAUUAAGUGUAGGUGAGUGCUUGUUAAACUUGUAUUUCUGCAAUUACAUUAAAAAGUACAGUCUGGUUUUGCAAAGCCAAAGCACCCAUGAUAUCCAUCCACUGAACUUGUAAAUUUAGCAGGAAAGGUCCUAAGCUGCCAUCAGUGCAAAUGAGAGCUGGAGCCUGUUGUGUUUGCUGGUUUGUGUCAUAGACUGCAGUUUUAUAAACAAUUUCAUAACAGCUUUUUGAGUUUCAGUUUGGGUUUCUUUUUCUGCUAUCUUAAAAACAAUCAAAACUACUGAAUAUGAAGAAUGUUCAGCACAAAUGCCACAGUCAAAACUGAAAGCCCACUGCUUUGCUGCAUUACAUGACUUUGGACAUAGACAUGAUAGAAAACUGGUGUGUACACAAGCAUUUAAAAAACUGUACCUGCUGGUAACUCAAAUCUGUAUACAGUUUAGAAAAAUACAUCCAGUAUGUGCCUUAUCUGACCAUAUUUGUUUUGAAGUUGAGUCAAUAGAGCUUAAUCCUCUACCACAUUAUGCAAGUGUCCCUUAUUUAGGUGAGUGGUUGCAUCACUCCAGGGAGGCUGUUCAGAGGAGAAAAGGCUGUUUGUGUGUUUGCAGCUUGCCAAAAAUGAGUUUUGAAUGUAUUUACAUGGUAUUUUAUACAAAGCUGGCUAAAUCUCUGUAUGUGACCUUUGAAAAGAAAUAUAUAGAUAUUAAAAUUACAGAAAAUGUACUUAACAUCUCCAUUUGCAAACUUUUUGUGACUUUUGAUCAUGUAUGUGCCACGAAAAGUAUUCUAUUUACUCUUCUUUGGGGAACAACUACUUUAAAAAUGAAGGCAUUAACAACAGUAUUUCUUAUCCAUUGUUUUAACAUGUUAAAAUGGUAUUAAUUAGUACUACAUCAUGUAUUUCUAGUUUAAAGCUGUAACGGACAAUACAUUACCUUGAGACCUAAAAAAACUUUUUUCUUGUGCUUUUUUUAAUAAAAGCAAAGACUUUAAAAAUGGUCUCUCUGUACAGAUUACUUUUACAAUUGUGUGAAUAUGUAUAAUGAACUCUGCAUUUGUAACCAAGAGUAAACUUGCCAAAUUGUAAAUGUUCAGGUUGUUAUUAUAAAUACCUAGUAAAUAUCUUAACCAGACAAGAGUUCAAAUAAAGAUUAACAGCCAUUAUUAACUUUUUCUCCACUGUCUUUUGUUACUUAAAACCUGACCUUUAUGAAGCAGUAGAGUUAGACUAAGUUCAAUCUACCUUUACCAUAGCAAUCUGGUUUUACAUUCUCCAUAUUGCACAAAAUUUAAACUGCUCUUGUGUUCAUCAAGUAAUUGCAGCUACAGAUAACUAUUGAUGGCUAUAUCUAGCAAGAAAAGUCUGCCAAGUGUAGUUUUAAAGUUAUCUGUUCUGUUUUUCUAGAGUUUUUAAAAGCUGUUUGUCAGUUUAAACCAAAAGAAUGUGAACAUGUAUUUGGAAGGAAAACAAAUGUGUCAUUUUCUAGAAUCGAGUUGGAAAAGUUGAUGAACUUGGUUAGGGGAUACAACACCUGCAGGAGCAGAACUCAAUCCAUGGCAGAACCCCCUUCUGGUUCUUUACCCUAUUUUCCUUUAGGUAAUUCCAGUCAAACAGGAAUGGAAGAAAGAUCAUUCUAAUCUGAUUGACAGCACUUCCUCUUUUAAUCCUAACUAUUACCUGCUUUAGGGUUGGCUCUGAAGGAGUCAGUCGGGUGUCUACCUAUCUGCCACCAGCCAAACACAGGGCUACAACAUGUAAAAGGCUGGGUUUGCUUCUGCUUUAACAAUGAUGUGGAAGAUUCAUUUCUGUCCUACAACCUUGGCUACCCACUCAAAUUAUUUUCAACUGUAAAAGAAACUUCCUCGAUGUGUAUUUCAAUCACAGAGUGCUAAAGAUCCUGAAGUUCCUCCCUCGGAGGUGAGUGGGGUGCGGGGCUGGAUGAGCAGUGUAAAGUCCUGGGGUGUGCGGUUUAAGGGUGAGCUGCCAGCAGCCCUGCAGACCCCAGGGGCCGCAGCCUGUCCCCAUGUGUCCCCACUCCUGCCUGUGAGCGAAGCGCUGCCCGGUCCCGCCGGGUUCCCGGGUGCGCUCCUGCAGGAGCCGCUCGGUGCUGCGCUGCGCCCGGGGCUGCGCUCGGCGCUCCGGCCGGGCCGUGCCCGCGUCCCCGCGCCGCCGCUCCCGCCCCUCCCUUCCCUUCCCCUCCCCUCCGGCCCGGCCCCCGCGGGAGGCGGCCGCUCCUUCCCUCCCUCCUUCCUUCCCUUCCCGUCGCUCCGCUGCCGGCCCGCGGGCGGCUCGGCGGCCAUGCGGGCGGCACAGCCGCGCUCCCGGCAGCAGACCCUGGCCCUGCGAAGGCAGCUCGUCGGCUCUUCUUGCAAGCUGUUUUUUCCUAAUGAUCCAGUGAAGAUCAUGAAGGCAAAAGGCCAGUAUAUGUAUGAUGAGAAUGGGAGACAGUACCUUGACUGCAUAAACAAUGUGGCUCAUGUUGGACACUGUCACCCUGAUAUAGUAAAGGCAGCCCAUGAACAGAAUCAAUUGUUAAAUACAAAUUCUCGUUACCUUCAUGACAACUUGGUUGAUUAUGCAGAGAGACUUUCAAAAACACUACCUGAGAAAUUAUGCAUCUUCUAUUUUUUGAAUUCUGGAUCUGAAGCCAACGACCUUGCCCUGAGACUGGCACGGCAGUACACAAAACACGAGGAUGUUAUCGUUUUAGACCAUGCUUACCAUGGACAUCUGACAUCUUUGAUUGACAUAAGCCCAUAUAAAUUCAGAAAUCUAGAAGGACAAAAGGAAUGGGUCCACGUGGCUCCUGUUCCAGACACAUACAGAGGACUUUAUAGAGAAGAUCAUGAAGAUUCAGUAACAGCCUAUGCUGAUGAAGUAAAGAAUAUUAUUGAGCAUGCACAUAAGAGAGGCAGAAAGAUUGCUGCAUUUUUUGUUGAAUCUCUACCAAGUGUUGGUGGUCAAAUCAUUCCCCCAGCAGGAUAUUUUCAGAAGGUUGCAGAGCAUGUGCACAAGGCAGGAGGUGUAUUUAUUGCUGAUGAAAUUCAAGUUGGCUUUGGCAGGGUUGGCAAGCACUUCUGGGCAUUCCAGCUUCAGGGAGAAGAUUUUAUACCUGAUAUUGUCACUAUGGGGAAGCCAAUAGGGAAUGGGCACCCACUUGCUUGUGUAGCAACAACAAAAGAAAUUGCAGAAGCAUUUGCGGCCACAGGAGUAGAGUAUUUUAAUACAUUUGGUGGGAACCCUGUUUCAUGUGCCAUUGGAUUAGCUGUGUUAGAUGUAAUUGAGAAGGAACACCUUCAGGCUCAUGCCACAGAGGUUGGCAGCUUCUUGAUGAAGACACUCAAGGAGCAGCAACUCAAGCAUCCCAUCAUUGGUGAUGUCAGAGGUUGUGGCUUAUUCAUUGGAGUGGACUUAAUCAAGGACCAAGCAGAAAGGACUCCAGCCACAGCAGAAGCAGAGGAUCUAGUAACAAGACUUAAGGAAAAAUAUAUUCUACUGAGUACAGAUGGGCCAGGAAGAAAUGUGCUGAAAUUCAAGCCCCCAAUGUGUUUUAAUAUGGAGGAUGCAAAAUUUGUUGCGGAGACAAUUGACAAAAUACUAACAGAUAUGGAAAAAGAAUGUCUGAACCAACAGAAAACACCUAUUUGUUCCACCUGAGCAGGUAUUUACCUAUAGCCACCCAGUACUAUUUAAAAGCCACGUUUCUAAACGUAACUUCACAAGCACUGUCAGAAUAAAGCUUCCUCAGAGAUGCUUUUACUCAGUUUGCAGGAAUUUCUGGGAAUCUCCAAGCAUAGACCACACUUGUGUACAUCCAGCAUUCACAACUGCCUUCCAUUGGUCUGACCCUCCCAGCAACACUGUGUGCAUCACUUGUUGUAAGCCAGGGCCAACAUGUCCCAGACAGGACUGUCUCUAGAGCAUGCAAAUGACUGCACAGCCACAAAAACUUUCUGCUUGCUGCUCAGUGCCUUCAGGCUCCAGCCAGAAGCUGGUCCAGAUGCAUAACCACUUCCCCUGAAGUGUCAUUUCAGGUUCACAGCUGGCAUCUCAUCCUUCAGGAUCCAUUUACCCCUAGACUCAAAUUUUGUUUGUGGGUAUCAGAGUAAGAUUGGUCUUGUUAAGUCUUCAAAGCCUUGUUAUGUCUUCAUCUCUUGAGGUCCCUCAGUAGGCUGCCAAGAGAACAUCUAGCUGCAACUCAGUUUGCUGCUCCACCCCUGAGCACAGUGUACACUUACAGUUAACACCUUGGUAACACCCUUUGGUACACUUAGCCCUUCUUCAAACUACUCUGACUAAACGACAACCACAUGUUUUGUGGAACUCUGGACAGCUGGGCAGGAAUGCACCUGACAUGGUCAUUGUGAGCAGUGUAACCAUUAGUGGCCUCAACCACCAUGAGAUUGACAGUGCUAUGGCCCUGAGCUAAGGAGAAAUAUGUUUUUAGUUCAAUGUAUAUUAGUAUAGCAGGCACAAGAAAAAUGUGUUAAUAUUUUAUUUAGCAAGUUAAUGGAAAGACAUACAGCUGUUUAUACUACUUAUUCUUAGGAACAGAAAGAUUACUUAACAGUGCCAGUGCAAAUUAGAGGCCUAAUGACUUAAUGUACUUAUCUGCAAUCUAAACUAAGCAAGAAAAAUGCCUUUAUUUUCUACAGGAAACCAAGAAUGCAAAAAGCCUCUUACUAAGUACAGUACUAGUAAGACACUUACAUAUAAUGUAAGCGAAAAUGAGGCAAUGAAGUAAUUUCUUUUAAUGAUACUUUUACAAAAAAAACCAUAACAUUAUUUUCUUUCCAUAGGUUUCAAACAAUGUUCAAGAUCUACUACUAAGAAACAUUAUUCUAUUGUAAUAAUGCACAUUUAAUCUUCAUCCUAGCAUGUCUUAGACCAGAUAAGUCACCUUUGAUUUUUCUGUUUUCAUUUAUCUUGUUUUUAGUAAAAGUCCUAGGAGAAAUAAAUUUUACAAGAGCUUGUCUCAA